AUGCGAACUCAAUCGCAAUUGAUUCCGUCAACGAUUACGGAGAAGGUGGUGAAUCCGGAUGGAAGUGUGACGACGAGGUUGAAGUCGAGUCACAGUAUGAGUUCGCAGUGGAGCCGUCAAGAAACAUACAUAAAUGGAGUGAAGCAAAUGUCGAAAAGUCGUUUCCGAGCAUUCGUCGAGUACAAAGGACCCGACGGCGGUUUCAAGGUGAAACUCUCGGAUGAGGGCGAGGAGGAUUUGAGUGAGGAGGAGAACGACGAAGAUGAGCACUCAACCAGCACGUGGGCUCAAAUGGCCGCCAAGGAGCUGGUGGAUUCCGAGCAGCGAUAUGUUGACAAAUUGAGACUUUUGGAUCAAAUGUUUCGAUUAGAGGUGGAAGCGAUGGAGAAAGCUGGUGACAUCGAGAAAGGAAAAGAACGUUAUCGAAAAGUGAUCGAGAUGCAAGAGCUGCUGGGAAAUUCGCUUCCAUUGGUGUCCGUUGGAAGGGAAUUCAUUGAGAUGGGUCCAAUACAAAAGAUCAACUCGGGUACGCAUAAACCGGAGGAAAGAUAUCUUUUCUUGUUCAACGAUUUGGUUCUAUUGGGUGUGAAGGGAAUUGUGAGUAAAUAUCGAGUGAGAGCACGAUUUGAGGCACUUCAUACAAGGAUCUGUGAAGGGGACAAUCUCGAACGGGAGCACUCGUUUUAUUUGCGAGGUAGCUACGGGAGUGAACCGCAGAGAUGUGUUGAACUGUUCGCUGACAGUCGAGACGUCAAAGAGAAAUGGAUGCGUAAACUGCAAGAAGUGAUCACAAAAUCUCGAGACAAUUCGGCGUCUUUCAGCAAACAUGGAAGCAAGCGAAGUUCAAUCUCGGAAACAAAAUCGAAUAACUCAAAGUACUGUGCCGAGUGUGAUGCCGAGUUGGGAUUCAUGAAAAAGCUUUUCAAAUCGAAAUGCUCAAAAUGCAAUCGGAAACUCUGCGACAAGUGCCUCGGGCGAUACAAGAGUGACGGGAAAAAGGGGAAAAUCUGUGAAGCUUGUGUAAAGAAUACCUUGAAUUCGGAUACGCUUCGAAACGCGGCGGCGAUGAUGCGCGGUGAUGUGCUUGAUAAGCCGCCAAAGGGUGACGGAGUUUUGCAUGGAUCGGAAGUUCGAUUCAAGCACAAUCGAGCCGUCUCAAUGCUUCCAUUGCCUGGAGCUGAGGUGAAGAUGUGCGGCGAGAAAUGGAUGGCCGUUUUGGAUUUGGCAGCGAAUGCGCAACUCAGCCAAUCAGACACCGAA